GCCUCAAGUGGCCGCGAUUGGUAGGGGCAAGAGCUCGAAAACUCUUUUUAAACUACAACGGAAUACUUUCACGCGUAGUGACUUUGUAGCACGGCAAUGCGAAUAAUGAAUCGCUGGAUUGGAAAAGUAGCAGUUGUGACUGGCUCGAGCGGAGGAAUCGGUCUCGCUAUAUCGAAAGCUCUGGCUAGCCAUGGCAUUAAAGUAGUUGGUUUAGCAAGAAGAAUAGACAAGCUUCACGAAGCUGCCGCAGAAAUUGGAAAGGAUAAAUUUUUUCCGAUCGAGUGCGAUGUAACGAAAGAAGAAGAUAUCCUUAAGGUGUUCAAAUGGAUCGACGAAAAGUUUGGUCGCCUUGAUAUUUUAGUGAAUAAUGCUGGAGUUGUUUGUGUCAAACCUAUCAUCGACUCAAAAACUGAAGAAUAUCGUAAACUCAUUGAUACUAACUUGAUAGCUCCGGCAAUUUUUGCACGAGAAGCAGUGAAGUCUAUGAAAAAAUGCAACGCGUGCGGCCAUGUAAUUAAUAUCUCCAGCGUAGCCGGAUUAUAUCUUGAAUCUAUAGCUAUACCGCUAGGCAUGUACGGUCCUAGUAAAUAUGGCUUAAGAGCUCUAGGGAUAGAACUCCGUCACGAAAUAAACGCGGCUAAGCUAAAUAUCAAAAUCACGAACAUUAGUCCUGGAGCUGUGAUAACGGAUAUGAUAAGAAGUAUUCGUGAUGCAUUACACAUCACUGAUGAUUAUGCCUUAAAAGAUGCGGAUAUCGCCGAAGCAGUGAUCUACACGCUGGGAACGCCGGAAACGGUCGAGAUUCCAGAAAUCACGAUAAUACCACAUGGCACGGGAACUUCGAGUAAUCGACAGCAUAACUGAUCAACAGGGUGUCAUCACUUAGAUGUAGCAACCUGCCGAUUUCAAUAAACAUUACACCUGAUCACAUUAUUACAUCAUUGUACGAUGGCAAUAAAAUCCGUGUGUUACUUCUAUCUUGCCAGUAUCGGGGUAAAUCAAGGGACACCUCGUUAGUUUCGAUAUCGUUUUAAUGUUCUCCAUUUAUAAUAAAUCAUAAAGAAAUGGUCA